CGUCACGGUUGGUGGACAGAAACUCUCGAGCUGGACGUGUUCUUUUCUUUUGCAAAAUGGUGGAACAGUAUAGAGCAUGAUUGAUGUUCAAUAUCACCAUGGCCCGAAACUCAAUCUAUAGAGUUCUGCUCGUGUGGAUCACCACCCUUGUUUACUUAUUCAAUAUAAUCCUCGCCGAGCCGGUUCAAUAUUGCAAAUUUGGAUACAAAGGGAAGGAAGAAAAUGGCGACGUGGACUUUUGCAUGGCCAUCACCAUGCACGAGAAUCAAUCUUCGAAUGCCUACGACAUGUACUUGUCCAUGACUAUCACGCGAGGAUCGGAUCUUGGUUGGACUGCGAUUGGGACUGGUUCUGUGAUGGCUGGCUCGUUGAUGACCAUCGUCUACGGCGAGCCUCUUACCGGAGAGCCUCCAGUUGUCAGCAUAAGGACAGCAGCUGCACAUCACCAGCCAAAACUGAUAACCAAAGAGCAGGCGGGUGGUGCAGAUUUUCGGGUUCUCCGGGCAGAAUGGCGGGCUAUUGAAGAAGACGGCACGCUUACUACGCUAUCAUCCUCUUCAUACGCGUAUAUCGCUGAAGUGAGUCUCGUCUGCUACUCCUGUAAUCUGUGGCCGGCAAAAGGCAGAGGCAGUAGUAAGAUUUCAGCAACGGCAACGUCUCUCCCCUGGAUCUGGGCAUGGAAUGAGGACCAGGAAAUCUCAUCGCUCUCCGACGAUGCCCAUCUCAACGGACACAGGCACCGUCGCGGAAAUGGUGGAUGGGGCGAAUUCUAUGUCGACAUGUCGCGGUCCCUUGAUACCGCUGAGAACCCUCCACCUGUCCCAUCGAUUCAAUCUGGGGUUCGCACUCUAGGCACUUCUGAUGCACCCAUCAACAGGAGUAAAGAGUUCACACUGUUUAGCAAGGGGGCUAUACAUGGCUUCCUGAUGGGGAUAGCAUUUCUAGUUAUCUUUCCACUAGGGGUGUUAGCCAUGCGCUCACAAUCCAGCAAGUCAUUUAAAUACCACUGGAUCAUUCAGCUCAUUGCCUCCCUCUGCACUGGUACAGGAGCGAUUGUUGGUAUUAUCAUGAGCCAAGGGUCAUUCAACUCCCCUCACCAGGUAGCCGGACUGCUGGUAUCAGGCGUGCUUGGUCUCCAAGCGUUUCUCGGGUGGAGACACCAUGUAAUCUUUGUACGAGUCAGACACCGAACCUGGAUCUCGCACGCGCACAUCUGGGCCGGAAGACUCAUUAUGAUUGUUGGCUGGGCGAACUUUCUCAGUGGCAUGCUUUUUGUAGCAACUGGUCAGUUCUGGGUUAUCUUGGUGUCCGCGAUUAUUGUGGGAGAGAUCGUCGGCCUCACCUUCUGGGUUUGGAGCUGCAAUAGGCACAAAUCCCGCAAGUCUACUCUUGAGGCGUCGGAGGCCGAGGUUACAUGGCGAGGGGAGCGAGACGGGGAAUAUUUCGCAGUAGGUGAAGAUGAGGAAACGGAGAUGAACGAAAUGGGCGAUCAUGACAAGCAUGAGAGCAGUCCGUAUGACCCCAUGCUUCCCCGACAUGGUUCGCAUUAAAUUUUGAACAGUAGUAUUUGGUCUAGCUGUUUGAUUCAGCGGCAUGCUAUGACAUCCGACAUAGCAAAGCAAACAUUAGUCUCUUUCAGAGACUCGAGAAUGAUACUCCGAUCUGGC